UCGCCUCAGAAGCCUCCAUAUUGUGAGACGGUAUUUUGUUUCUCCUGGAGGAGAAAAGAGGAGAAAAUAAGAAAAAAGCAGCGGAGUCGAGACGAUAGCGAGGCGCUGUCACAAGUAUCUCCGAGCCUCUCCACCGGCGGGGGGUCGUGGGGCUGUAUCCCCCCCAGUAGAGGACCGAGGAGGCCCAGGCCUCGGUGCGGCCAGAGCUCCGGGUCCGCGGCAGGGCUUCCCCCGCUCGGCUUCUCUUCCUGCUGGAGACCCGCUGGCCCGGGGAGCGGCGGCGGUAGGAGACGAUGAUGAUGCUGGAGGAGUGCUGUGUCCAGCGGUGACCCCUAGCUGACCGCACCGGCCCCGCCCCUGGAGCGAGCGGUCCUGCCCUGCCUCUAGACGAAUGGCCCAGGGAAGCCAGCAGAUAGACACUCAGGUUUUACACGAGCUGCGGCAGAAGUACCCGGAGGUCCCCGAGGGCGUGGUGUCCCAGUGCGCCCUGCAGAACAACAACAACGUGGACGCCUGCUGCGCCUACCUGUCCCAGGUGAGCCCCGCCUACCUGUACAGCGAGGAGACCGAGAGCCUAUCGGACGCCAGCAUCUCCGGGCUCCGGAAGCACAUGACCAAGCUGAGCCUGGGUCUGACCACCCCGGCUCCCAGCGCCGCCCCCCCGGGGCCCAGGAUGAACGGCAGCAGGACGCUGGCCCACAGCCUGGGGGACGGGCCCCUGCAGACCCCCGCCGCCCCCGCCCCCGACUUCUACCAGCAGGGGGCGCAGGGGCCCCCCCGCCCGGCGGCGUGCGGCUCGAUGGACGCCCCCCAGCGCAAGCCCCAGCCCCCGCAGCACCUGGGGCUGUACCCGGCCAAGGGGCCCCAGGGCGGCGCGCCCCCCCAGGGCGGCCCGCCCCCCCGCUUCAACCCCAUCACCGUCACCCUGGCCCCCAAGACGGGCCGCAACACCCCCACCUCGCUGCACAUCCACGGGGGGCCGCAGGCGGGCAUGGGCAGCCCCCAGGGCAACGCCAUCUACAUCCGGCCCUACGUCAGCCAGACGGGGGUCCACCGGGGCCCCCAGCCCGGCCCGGCCCGCGCCCAGUACAGCCCCACCUCCCAGCCCCCCCAGAUGUACCAGAUCAACCCCCACCCGCCCUGCCCGGCGGGGGCGUGGCCCGGCCUCCCCCACGCCUCCUCCUCGCAUACCUCGCAGCACCAGGGCCCCCACCAGGGCCCCCACCAGGGCCCCCACCAGGGCCCCCACCAGACCUCCCACGUCUACAUGCCCAUCAGCUCCCCCACCACCCCCCAGGCGCCCUCCUCCCUCCUGCAGGCCCCCGCCGGCCCCCAGCCGCCCCCCUCCUUCAGCCAGUACAACAUCCAGAACAUCUCCACCGGCCCCCGCAAGAACCAGAUCGAGAUCAAGCUGGAGUCGCCCCAGCGGAGCUCCAGCAGCGCCCUGCUGCGGCCCUCCGGGGGCCCGCGCUCCGGGGGCCCGCGCUCCAGCGCCUCCUCCAACUCCUGCCCGGCCUCGUCCUCGUCCUCGGGCCCCUCCCACAGCGCGCCGCUGGCCGUCGGGGGGCUGAGCCGCAGCCAGCCCACCGUCUACAUCUCGGCCAGCCCCCCCGCCGCGCACCACCCGCCCUCCGCCCUCGGCGCCCCCCCCCGCGGCGCCCCCAAGUUCUACAUCUCGGCCGGCGCGGAGGACGGCGGCGGCGGCCGCAACCCGCCCACGGUCUACAUCUCGGCCAACGCCCCCAUGCAGGGCUCGGGGUCGGGGGCGCGGGCCAUGGGGGGCGGGCUCAGCAUGGGCCCCGCCUACAUCCACCACCACCCGCCCAAGUCCCGCGUCGGGCACGCGGGGGGGGCGGCGGGCGGCGGGCUGGGGGCCUCGUCCCCCCGGGUGGUGGUCACCCAGCCCAACACCAAGUACACUUUCAAGAUCACGGUGUCGCCCAACAAGCCCCCCGCGGUCUCCCCCGGCGUGGUGUCCCCCACCUUCGAGACGGCCAACCUGCUGCCGCUCCCGGACCACCACUUCAGCGAGGCGGAGCCCCCGCCGGCGCUGGACCCCCAGGGCCGGGACCCCCAGGGCCGGGACCGGCCCAGCGAGCACCGCCGGCUCAGCGCCGGCUCGGACGACGCGGCCUACACACAAGCCCUGCUGGUGCACCAGAAGGCCCGUAUGGAGCGUCUGUGGAGGGAGCUGGAGGUGAAGAGGCAGCGGCUGGAGAAGCUGAAGGAGGAGGUGAACGACAUGGAGAACGACCUCACCAGGAGGCGGAACGAGAGGUCCAACUCCGCCUCGCAAACACCCUCCAACGAGGAGAUGAAACAGUUGAGGUGUAAAAACCGGAUCCUGCAGAUUGACAUCGACUGCCUCACCAAAGAGAUCGAUCUCCUGCAAACACGAGGACCACACUUUAACCCCAGUGCCAUCGACAACUUCUAUGACAACAUCGGGUUCCUGGGUCUCGUCCCGCCCAAACCCAAAGGUCCCGCGGCGCAGCAUCAGCACCAGCAGGAGCAGCAGGAGGAGGAGGAGGAGGAGGAGGAGGAGGGCAGCCACUGGAGCUGCACGGAGUGCACCUUCUUCAACCACCCUUUGCUGAACCGCUGUGAGGAGUGUGACUUCCGCAGACACUUCUAGCCCCGCCCCCCGCCCAAUCAGAGAGCCAGUAGACCACCCACAGGAGUGUGUGUGUGUGUGUGUGUGUCUGUGUGUGUGUGUGUCUGUGUGUGUGUGUGUCUGUCUGUCGUGUGUCGUGUGUGUGUGUGUGUGUGUGUGUGUGUGUCAGUCGUACCUCGCCCCCCCCCCUCCUGUUCGCUGGGACACAGGUGCACCAUGGGAUACUCCUACUGCUCCCCUUCAGUAUUAUGAACUUCACACGGCACCCCGCUGUGUACCCUCUGGGGUCCGGUCUACUCUAGACCUGGUCCCGGUCCGGUCUAGGUGGGGUCUAGACCCGGUCCCGGUCCGGUUCCGGUCCGGUCCCGGUCCGGUCUGCUCCGUCCGGUCCUCUGGGGGGGGCGCCGGCUCGGCCUACCCCUCGCCGGGCCGCCGCCUUCGCCGCUCACUUCCUGGUUACAGGGUUCUACAUGGUAACGCUCAAUCCUGGUUACGCUCACUUCCUGGUUACGGUGGUGUCCAUGGUUACGCGGGUCUCCAUGGUUACUGCAUGCUUUGUGUACAGUACUGUCCGGAGAGGAGAGGCCCCUCCACCUCCUUCCUGUAAGUAUAGCGUUAUAGACUUCCUCUUCCUGUCUCUUACUCUGACCGCCUCUCUAACGGACGGAACCCUCGUCGUCACGAAGCCACGCCCCCCUGGGCCCGCCCCCGGGUCCAGGGGUGUGGCCUCGGUCUUGUUUACCGAACAUCAAGCCAGCCCCCCCUCGCUCACCUCAGUUGACCUCAGUUGACCUCGGUGCGUUGUUGUGACAACUGGAAUAAAGGUUUGAAUCAAUAAAGGUUUGAGUCGCGACGGGACGACAUCGCCACACGGAAUCACUCUGACUUUGGGGGGGAGACGCCCGAUUGGCUGACCCCAUCGGGCGCCAUCGGCCUCCUCCGGACUUUACAAAACCGCCUUAGACCGUCUGAAUCGGUUUUUCAAAAUAAAAGCGUGGACGUUCGAAUAUUUGAAGUGUUCCUGCGGUCCGGGCGUCGACGUCACCUGACACUACGGACGCGCCGGGGCCGCCAUCUUUAUCAGGUCGCUUCCUCCUUCCUGUCUGCUUUCUUGGUGACGAUUUCAAACGUUUUCUUAUUGCCAAUCAGUUCCAGAAACUGUGUCAUGAUUAUUUUUGUGAAGUUUUCCCACAUUUUGUGAAAAAAAAAAAGCCGUGCAUUAGUGCCUGGGUCUUCGCUCUCACCAAUCAGUGCCUUAAAACAAAACCAACUGAAAUCGUACAAAGUGGGACUCCUGUUUCUAAGCAGGAGUUUGUUUUAUUACGUGGAAAAACAAAUUAUUUGGAUAUCUAAAGUGUUUUUUUUGAUUUUAGCUGGGAAAACUGUCUUUGUAACAGAUAAGUUAUUUGUAAAAAUAAUUAAAAAAAUCUAUUCUGGAAAAGUCUUCAAUGGUGUUGGAAGCCGAAGGCUCUGUCAGCCGCCAGAUGGCGCCACCUGCUUGGUUUGCUCUCUUGAACUCAUCGGAGAGGCACCUGCAGGACUUCAGUUAAUCUGCCGAGCUGUUCCAGAUCUGAUCUGCCGUUUUCAAUGGGUAAAAGAUGUAUCCUGGGGAAUAUUCCCAUGACGCAUUAGAUGUGUUAUGGGAUAUAUAUGAGAUAAUCGAGUCUACAGAUAGCUGCUUCCAGCAGCAUGCAGAGGGAAGCAAACGCUUUUUGAGUAAGUUAAGGAAUACAGUUAGCUUGGUUUGGUUAAGUUUAGGUAGAAAGUCAGCUAGGGUUUAGUUAAGUUGAGUGGUACAGUGAGCCAGGGUUUUGCUAAGUUAAGGUAAGUUUAUGUAGAACGUUAUGUAGGUUUGGUUAAGUUUAGGUAUACAGUUAGCUUGGUUUGGUUAAAUUUAGGUUUAAAGUUAGCUAGGGUUUAGUUAAGUUGAGUGGUACAGUGAGCCAGGGUUUUGCUAAGUUAAGGUAGAUGUUUAACAAGUGCUUGGUGAAGUGUAGGUAUACUGUCGGCUAGGGUUUGGUUAAGUUUAGGUAUACAAUUAGCUUGGUUUGGUUAAGUUUAGGUUUAAAGUUAGCAAGGUUAGGUGUGGUUAGGUUUAGCUUUAAUUAGCUAACUAGGUUACGUUUAGUUUAAGUUGUUUGGACAAAACUAUAAGCAAAGCACAUGAUCAGGUAUAAAAAGUUUUAUUCCACACAUUGUAAAACACGGUCUGAGAUAAAGGCACGGUGGUAUUCACAGCUAGGAGGAAGGAAACGUUCUCUUCGGAACCAUAAAUCUUAACAAAAUAAGUUUCCUCAUUUUGAGGCAACUGGGACACAACAGUAUGCUGUUAGUCAGCGCUGGCAAUCCAGCAAUAGAGAAGUGCAUUGCACAUUUACAACCUGGUCAGGUCUUAACUCUGACCCGAGGAACAGCUUUAAUGCUGAGAAGAUAAACACAGGGCCCUGGUUCAACAUGGCAUGCUCCUCAUUAAGGAUACAUAGCCCUUGGUUGGGCUAGAGCUAGGGUUAAAGGUUAAGUUAGAGCUGGGAUUCAGGGUUAAGUUAGGGUUAGGAUAGUUAGGUUAAGAUAGAGCUAGUGUUUGGGGUUGAGUUAGGGUUAGGAUAGAGCUAGGAUUUGGGGUUAAGUUAG